UUGUGUGAUAGUGAAUUUUUGUCAUAGUUUCAAAUGCAAAAUUUGAUUAAUCAUUUUAUCAGUAUAUUAAGAAAAGUAUACAUGCUAGCAUUUGUGCUCGACGGUCAUAAUAUUAGUCUAACUGAAAUGAAAUAAGAUUAGUGUAAAUUUUGAUUCACAAUUUAUUUGAUUACACUUUUUUGUCUGCAAGAUUUUAAUAAUGUCCGAGCCAAAUAACCCAUUUGCUGGUUUGCUAGGAGUCUCAGAGGCGAAGGCAACAAGUAAUAAUACAAAUUAUGUGAACCCUGACGCAUCUUUACAAGAGAACCCUAAGAAAUCACAAGAGGAUGAGGAUGCUGAAAUAAUUAACAACAUUGUUGAAAAUGUUUUUCACUUCACGAUAAACGCAAAUGCACUAAAGGGACCUCAAAACAACAGACAGUUGAUAUUCUUAGAAGAACUAGCUGAAGCGAUGAGACCUCGCAUUCAAAUAGAUUUGGAGGCAUUGGAACAGGCACUGUUUGAAAGACUGCUUUUGCCUGACAUUGAACUGUGUGUUAUACCCAAAAAUAAUAAAGUAUUUCAAGAACAUGUGAUCCAGAAGCAGGUGUUUUCGUAUUUGUUUAGCUCUAUUCAGACUCUUCAAUGUUAUGAGAACCAUAGUUCUAAUGUUGUCAAAAAUGGGGUGCAAAAGAUGUGCGAGCUAAUUUUCAGAAAUGCUGUAACAGCUCUUAAGCAACCAGCCCUGUUUGAGGGACAAGACUUCACUACGCAACUUGUAGAAUUAUUGAAACAUGUUGAUCCUCAAAGUCAUGCAUUCUUUAUUGACAUUGUAAAGGCAUUUGUUUUAGACGGUGAAGAUGGGGUUCAGGAACAGUUGCGAGACACAAUGGUGCCAGUUCUACAAAUGCUACAUGCUGAAGUAAACAAGUCCAAUAUAAUAAACCUUCCUAUCUACAUCCUGCCAUCUGUACAUAUUUUUGCCAGUCAUCCAAACCUAGCACAAAUUUUAAUGGAAACAUGUGAACCAAAAAAUAAAACUAAUGGAAGGUUUUACCAAGACUCCGUUAUAGGCGCACUUCUGAGCCUAUCAGUUCUACCAAGAACAUCUUCCUCAUUCCAUCAGUUCUUUGAUAACCCAAUGGAUCAGUCUGCAAUAUCAUUGAUGGAGACAUCUAUUUGGAAUGCGUCUUCACAUCUCACUAACAAUCUGCACAAGAUAUUCCUCACGCUGCUCAAAGGGGGUCCGCAGAUGAGAAACCGUUUGUUGUCAUGGAUUGGAAACUGUUUAAAGACGAAUGUUGCUAAAGGCAAGCUGUGGAAUGUUCAGGCUGGUGAAGUAAGUGCAGCAACACUGAGCUGUGUCUCGGAUGGCUUCAUGUUGAACCUCGGAGCAGUACUUCUCCAGCUAUGCCAGCCAUUUUGCACCACUGCUGAUGACCCCAAAUCACUCAAAAUUGACCCCACAUAUGGUGCCGUACCUCCAGAAGAAUGUGAAGCCAAAUCAGUACAUCUAGAUUGCCUACACAGCGAGACGAGUCUGCUGCCAUCUAGGGAAGAUGAAAACAAUCAGUCAUUGAAGAGGCCCACAGCUGAAACCUACAAUUUUGUUACCGAGUGCUUUUUCAUGACGCAAAAAUGUAUUGAUUUAGGGGUCCGAGUGUGUGCAGAGAAGCUCUACCGCUGCGGACAAGAUUUAGGGCGCGCGCAGCGAGCCAUGGCCGACGUGGGCGGCGCGCACCACCUGCUCGAGCCCAUGCGGCAGAGGACUCACCAUCUCAUGACCAAAUUCGUGAGCCUCCGCUGCGCGCUACUGGAGAGUGAAAUGCUGACCAAUCUAAACCGACUGCAAGCCACCACUUGCACUUGGCUGGUGCAAGUAGCUAUCCGACCCAAUCCGGCUACGCCGCAGGCAAACUACGCGCCUACAAAUAUUGUACCUGUGGAGAUGCCUAUCCGGACACCACCACCUGAUACUUUACGAUGCAUCCCAGAAUUCGUGCUUGAGAACAUAGUGGUGCUAAUAACAAUGGCGCGGCGUACAGUCGGCGCCAUCACGGAAGAAGCGGACAUAGCGGGGUUACUGCAACCCGCGCUCACGCUCGUGCUCACGUUCAUGGGCGACUCCGGCUGCACCUACAACCCUCAUCUGAGGGCCCGUCUAGCAGAAUGCCUGGAGGCGAUGUUGCCAAAUCACCCUGACGAUCAGCAGCCAUUAAACAGUCUCGCAUCCUUCUACCGUGAGCAGUUGUUUAAGGAACAUCCACAUAGAUUACAGUUGGUGCCCUGUCUACUGGACGUGUUCGUCGGCAUCGAGAUGACGGGUCAGAGCGUCGCGUUCGAGCAGAAGUUCAACUACCGCCGCCCCAUGUACCUUGUGAUGGACUUCAUGUGGACUAUGGAAGAGCACAGAAAUGUGUUCACUCGACUGGCCAAAGAGGCUGAAGCCAACAUGGAAGCGGUCCAUCCGCCCAUAUUCCUGCGGUUCGUGAACCUGCUCAUCAACGACGCCAUCUACUUGCUGGAUGAGGCGCUCGGUAACAUGGCGCAGAUCCGGACGAUGCAAACUGCACAGGAGUCAGGCACCUGGGCCAACCUAACCCCACAAGAGCGCGAACAGAACUUCGGAAACCUUUCCCACAUCGGCAUGCUGGCUCGCUUCGACAACAUCCUAGGGCGAGACACCAUCCGUACCCUAGUGCGGUUGACUGCUCAUGCUCCGUAUGUGUUCUGCCAUCCCACGCUGGUCGAGCGGAUCGCGUCUAUGCUCAAUUAUUUCCUGUUACAUUUGGUUGGGCCUAAUAAGAAGAAUUUAAAGGUAAAAGACAUGAAAGAGUUCGAAUUCGACCCCGCUACAACAGUGCUGGACAUCUGCCGCAUGUACGUGGAGCUGGGCAGCAGCGAGCGGUUCUGCGCCGCGGUGUCGGACGACGGCCGCUCCUACUCGCCGCAGCUGUUCACGCUCGCCGAGGCCGUGCUGGUCCGUAUCGGCGGCGGUUCCUUAAUCGGAUCUCUACAAGAAGUGGCCCAGCGCGUAGCCACCCUAGCUGAACAGAGACAGCGCGACGAAGAAAUCCUCGCCAACGCGCCCGAGGAGUUCCUCGACCCCAUCAUGAGCACGCUUAUGCUCGACCCCGUGAUGCUGCCGUCCUCGCGCACAACCAUAGACCGCACUACCAUCGCAAGACAUUUGCUAAGUGACCAGUCGGAUCCCUUCAACCGAUCGCCGCUAUCCAUGGAUCAAGUGAAAUCUAACGUCGAACUUAAAGAGAAAAUCCACGCGUGGAUCGCCGAACAGAGGCAGAAAUUUGCUCAACCCCGGACCAGCGACACAUAGAUUUUACAAUUUUGUAUGUUACUUGUUAGUCGACAUACUAGACGUGCUAGUAUCGUCAUAGUUGGUCUUUAAUAGUGUUGUGCCAUUCUUGAGAACCUACUCUUUUUUGUACCGAGUUUAUAUGCAAAAUCAAGAGCAGAGCAUUAUCGAGAGUGGUAUAACAGUUUUUUAGGUGCGUCCAGAUCUGACGAAUGCGCCGCUCGACACCAUUCAGGAAAGGGUCAGUAAUUAAUUUUGUUCAUUUUGUAGUAGGUUAAGAAGAGCCGGUGCAGUAUAUGUGUUGAGAAUGGCUCGCUACCGGCGCAUUUGCCAGAUUUGGACGGUAAGAAAUGCAGUACGUAUCAUAUAAUAAUAUCGUAUUGGCUAAACGUGUCUGGAUUAUAUCAUCUAUUUUUACCGUUUAUCAACAGCGGCAAUUUGAUGACUUUCUUUUUGUCAGGUUGACAAUGGCACAAACAACUAAAUUAUUAGACAUGCAAAGUGAAAGCGUUAAGCUUUAUUAUGGGUUAUUGUAGAGCGCGAUAAAUAGCCACGCGUUCAUUUCAACUUAGCAUAAGCUAUAAAAUAAGUUUUAUACUUGUAAGUUGGUUGUGUGUAGGAUUUUCUUCACACUCCGUCCUCAAGUACAGCGUAUAAGGGUAAGCUUGUGAUGGUGUCCUAAUGACCAUAGCUGGAUAUCCACCGAACGAACAAUAGCGCUCGUCUGCUUCAACACGCAUAAUAACCGUGUGUUACAUUAGAAAACUAGUUCGCCCAAACGUGUACUUUGUUACGAGAGAACAUGGUAUACAAUUGUAUGACUUCGAAACCCGCUGUGGCGUUCUGUAGAUAUCAAACUAUGGACGAUUAGAUACUAGUUGCCUAAGAGCAUUCAGCGAGCAUUAAGGGCCGGUUGCACCAAAUCGUCAGUCAACAUCAUCGUAGUAAUGUUUACACGUCUACAUGUUUACGUUCAGUGUGGUAGGAAAGUAAUAAAAUUGGCUUGUGAACGGCCGGCGAUACUUUAAUGCGAGCAAAUUCGCUUUACUAAUAUGAAAGACAUAUACAUACCUAAAUAGACAUCGCAUGUACUGCUAUUUGUAUGAAAACUAAGUGUGUCAUUUCACGGGUGACAUUUGUAACGUCACAAGGGUAAUACAUUGUUGUGUAAUAGACGUACAGUGAUAUCUAAAAUAAGAUGAUGUAAACUGGCGUUUUCGCAUUUAAAAAUUUAAAGGGGUUAGUUUAGUGCGUUUUGGGAAUGAUUAGAGUUAAAAUGGUCUAUGUAGAACAUAUUCGUUACUUUUACCUAGGUGGUCUAUUUAGAUAUGUCUGUGGAUAAAAUCUGUCCCGAACACCUAGAAGAAGCCAUAAAUAACUGAACGUUAGUUUUAUAUUAAUGUGAUGUUUACACGUCAGACCAUGGUACAUUAGCUUGUUUACAUAAAAUGACUGUGUUCGACCAACAUUCCCCUGUAUGAUUUUCCAUUCGUUCAAGUGAAUGAAAGGACUUCACAAAAUUAUGACGACGCGAGAAUGGUGCAAUUUUAUUUGGUGAACUAUUUUGUGAUAGCUAUUAUAGUAAUAUAUGUAGAUUGUUAAUUUUUUUAUUAUUUCAGAAUGUAUUUAUCGUUUUAAUAUAUAUUUCUUAUAAAUUACUUAGUCAUUGAUAACUAAUUAAGUAUUCAAAAUUAAAAUGCACUGAAUAUUUAUUUAAGUGAUAUUGACACAUUUACUAUUUUAUCUACCUAUUGAUUUUAAUGCCUACGUUUACGUUUCUUUCUCUGCCCACUGUUUUUUGUACAAAUUACAAAAAACCUAUAUUACGUCAGUCGAAUAUAAUUACGAUUAGUACUUAUUAUGACAUAGGCAGUGUAAGGGUUAACAUCUGUGCUCAAAAUAGGCGAGCUACGAACUUUAGUUCUGGGACGUAGUAAGUUUGCUGAAGUAUAUCAUGGUUUGUGUUCAAUGAGUUCAUACAGUUCAAUUUUGACUGGUGUAAUAACGUGACCUGUGGCCAAAUUCUCGGUUCGUCCGAGAUGCAUCUAUAAUUUAAGAUUAUAUUAAUUGACACUAUCAGUUGGUUAAAACACAGGGGACAUUUUUGUAUGCACUGUAAGCACGUAUUGUAUUUUCACAAUUGUCACUUAGUAUUGGCUAUUUAGGCUGCGAGUGCGUGUUAGAACUAAAAGCGAUGAUUGAGCUCGACGUGCCCUAAAUAGGAUUCAUAUGAUAUAAACAUUCGUGGUUGAUUUGUAGCCUGAAUUGUUCAUACUAAUUGACAUGUCAACUGUCAGUAGCUUUUAUGUCCCAUAGCCGCAAGGCGGGCGCCACUGCUAAGCACACAACCAGUAUAAAAAGAGCAGUAUAGCGAGCGUGCAUAAACUGUAGGGGGCAGCACAGGAGACGUCCGAUUUUUGGCGCGAGGCGUAAAUGUGUAGUUUAUGCUGCCAAAGUAGCCCACAAGAUGGCGGCACUUGCUUUGGCGUGAAGUGUCAAUGUACAUGUGAUGAACGUCCCUAAUGUCCCUAUGGAGCGACAUUCUCUGCAUUUUUGGCUUAUGUUCAUUUGUUUGCAUUUUAUAUCUAAAGCGAAUUGGGAAUGCGGCACAGCAUUGUGAUGAAUGUCAAUAAAAGAGAAAACAUA